AUGAAUGAUAUGAAAGACAAAGACUAUUUCGAGCUAUACAAAGACAUCAUAUUCAUAUCAAAAAUCAAUAAUAAAUUAGUUGAAAGGUACCUAGAGGCCGAAGUAAAUUCUAAUAAAAAGACAAAAGAAAUAAUCUUCACAUCAAAAAACGUUCCUUUAUCAAAGAAGACAAAUUGGAUAUUACCAUUGCCAGCAGAAGGUUUUAAAGAACCAUGUCACCUGUGUUCAUAUUAUGGCCAUAAUUUUGAUAAGUGUCCAAACAUUAUGAAAACGUAUUUAGGUUCCUGCAUGAAAUGCUGGAAUAACUAUGCUCACUCAAAUACAAAAGCUUGUGCUCUACCACAGAGAGAAACACCAUUCCAUGAAAAUUUCAAAAGACCAGAGGCAUUAAUCAGAACCAUGGGAAUAUUUGAAGAAUAA